GAGCAGCAAACUAGCCAAGACUCUGGCCACUAGGCUAAUCAGAAAGUCAAAAGAACACACCUAGAGGGAGAAAGACAUUUCGAAAACACACUUUUCUGUUUCCCAGCGUAGCAAUGGAGGAGACAUACCUUCUCAACUAUCCAGGUGUCAGGAAGAAAAUUCUGGCAGGAGGCAGUGGACCGUUACCUCACUUUCCACCUGGGACAAAGCUGGUUUUCCACUUCCAGACACUGUUGGACAACUUCGAGAGGACAGUCAUUGAUGACAGCCGACUAGCUGGCAGACCGGCAGAGAUCUUUGUCGGAAAGAUGUUUAAGAUGGAAGUCUGGGAGACCCUGUUGACGUCCAUGCGUGUUGGGGAGGUGGCUGAGUUCUGGUGUGAUGCCAUUCACACAGGCUUGUACCCCAUUGUGUCCAAGGGAAUGAGACUGAUCGCUCAAGGGAAAGACCCUCUAGAGGGUCAGAGACACAUGUGUGGAAUGGGAAACCUGUUCCACUAUCACUCCACGGGUUUCCCCGAGCUGGAUGAGUUGAUGCGGACUCCUCAGCCGCUUAUAUUUAUUAUGGAGCUGCUGCAGGUAGGAGACCCUAUGUCCUACCACAGAGAGUCGUGGAUGAUGGAAAAGGAUGAAAAGCUGCAGACAGUGCCAGUUCUCCACAUGCAGGGCAAUGCUCUGGUCAAACAGAAGAAAUACAGAGAUGCUGCCAGCAAGUACAAAGAAGCUGUCCUGCUGCUAAAAACUGUCCAGUCUAGGGAGAUGCCAGGUGAUAUAGACUACAUUAACUUAGGUCGAAUGAUUGUCCCCCUGGAGCUGAACUACUGCCAGUGUAUGUUGGAGCUGGAGGAGUACUAUGAAGUCAUAGAGCACAUGGAUGAACUGCUGCAGAAACACAAAGACUGCGUCAAAGGCUACUACAAAAGAGCAAAAGCCCACGGUGCUGUGUGGAAUGAGAAGGAGGCCCGGAGAGACUUCAACAUGGUGGCUCAACUUGACAUCACUUUGGCGUCCCUCAUCCAUCGAGAGCUGAAGGCCCUGUCGGAGCGCAUGAAGGAGAAAUAUUGGGAGGAGAAGGAGCAAUACUGGAACAAGCUAGAGAAAAAUGAAAACACAAAUGAAGUGGGGGAGGCAGAGAGAAAUGAUGAGGAGGAGGAGAAGCAGACAGCAGAGACAGAAGAGGGAAAACAAGAACAUCCUGAAAGUGUGACAACAGGGGCAAAUGAUAAAGUGGGAGAUGGUUCAGAAGAAUCUCCCCCUAAAUAUGCAGAAGUUCACGAAGAGAACCUCGGGGAAAAUAAGGUUGCACUGACUGAUGGAACAGUUACCAAAGAAGAAGCAAGCUUUUCUUCAGUGAAUUUAAACACUUGCAAUAAAACAGAAGGCAAGGACUGGCAGCAGAUGUUACGACUGGUCAUGUUGCUGCAGAAUGAAGGAAAUUUCCUCAUUAAAGAGAGCCACUUUCAAGAAGCUUCGGGAAAGUUCAAGGAGGCUAUAGAAUAUGUGGACUGCCUUCAAAAUAAAGUGGAUCAACAGGGUGAGGACUGGGAUUCACUGGAGAAAGUGCGUCUUCCUUUGACUCUUAAUCUCAGCCAGUGCAUGCUGGAGCUAAAACAAUACCAGCAAGUUGUGGAGCUCAACACCAAGCUGCUGAAGAAACACAAAGGUAAUUUCAAGGCAGUGUACCAGAGGGCUCGGGCUCAUGCUGCUUUGUGCAAUGAGGAUGAAGCUCGAAGAGACUUUGAUAUGGUGGAGAAACUGGACCAGAAGUUUAAACCCUUUGUGCGGCAGGAACUGAGGAAGCUGGGCCAGAGCAUGCGUUCUAUGCAUGCCAGUCAGAACAAGACUUACUGGGAUACAACACAGGAGAAGUGGGGGCCUGGUGGGACCAAGGCCACGAGUGCAGCCAGAAAGAAGAACGUCAAAUUUCCUCCAAAAGCCACAGAAGGAAAAGCUAAAGCAGAUAUUAAUGUAGAUAAGAAGACUGAAGACACUAAGAGACAGGAGAUGGAAAGCUCAGAGAAAUGCCCCCCUGUCGAGACAGAGGGGGUGGAUGAUGCAGAAACAGGGAAAAAUCCAGAUGUGAAAGCAGAGCAGGGUAAUAAAGAGCCAGAGCGUGGGAGAGUCAGUGGAGAGGGGUUAGAUAAUGAAAGUAUAGAGAAGGCCGUGGUUCAUGAAGCUGGGCUGGGUGUACCAGAUAAUCAAGCAACAGAUAAAGAUAGAGAUCCUGCGCCCGCCAGCUCCGGCAAAGAUAAUGCAGUGAGCAAGAGAUCAGUGCGCGAUAAGGCGAGAAAGAAGGUAAAAUGUCAAUCAAGUGCUGCACCACAGCCAAAGAGAACAAACUCAGGGAACAAAGCCAACAAGGCUAAAACAGAAAAGGGUGGCACUGCAUCAGAAUAGACCAAUGAGCCGUUUUUUCUGCGCUGAAGCAAAGGUUUAAGGUAGAAGUCGAGGGCAGACUGAAUAACAGAGUAAGAAAAAAAAUUACAAGCACACAAGCCUCACAAUAGGACAUACACAAAUCCAAAUAUAAACACAAAAAGAAAAAUUAAUAUAAAGCAGCCUGUAUUUGGCACCAUUCUGAGUUAACUUUCAUUAUUCAAAUCUCAAAGGGAUAACUGCAGUCACAUGAAAUAAACAAAAAAAAAACAAACACGAGCAGACAAGGAGUUUGCCAAAUACAAACUUUUAUUUCUGUACACAAAGAGUAGAAAGCAGCCAAUAACCCACUUGUUAUUACAGUAAAAAGCCUUUCUUCAGAAAACCUUUUUUUUUAUACAGAUUAAAAACUCCAGAGAAAAGACGAAAAGAAGUGUUUUGAGUUCUGGACAAUAAAACAGGAAAUCAAAAGUGUUAAAGAAGUCAAACAUUAUGAUUAAUGAGGUAUAUUAAUGGUGAUUUAAAGAACACACAAAGAAGAAAAGAAACCUCAUUUCAUCAGAAACAAAAAAAUGAGUGUGUUAGAGUAACAAACUAUUAUAUGUUGCGUGACAUACAAGCGCAUGUGUCCUUGUUACAUAUUUAGAUGCGUGUUGGUAAACACAGGAGGGAGGGUCUGACACUGAGGCGGCAGAUUAAUGACAGGGCCCGUGGAGCAUGUUGGCAAGCUACAUGCAGUAACAGAAGUCUGAACAGUGAUAGCGGUGUCCUCUGGGGUUGACUCCGGCUUAUGUAGAGAACCUUUUUUCACACGGCUUCAGUCAUGCCACAGGGAGCAGUGUGUGUUAGUGUGUGUGGGGCAAAACAGGAAGCCACUAGGAGUAAAGAAAUGUGCACACGGAUGAGACCUCAGAUGAUCACACGGUCACGCAUCAUCAUUUAUUUGGAUGGCGGUGUCGAGCAGCAGCAGAGUGAAAUGUUGGGACAAACUGUGAAUUGCAAUGUAACCCUGUAGUAUAACUACCUAGUCUAUGUGCGUAUAUGUCUGUGUCAUUCUUUCGCCACUAUAUGGUGUUAAAAUAAACAUGACAACUGUUGAUGCGCAGUCCUACUGGGGGGGGAUGUCUCCCCUUCUUUUUCACAACCUGUCACUGCGCCAUCAUCUUGUGUACCCACAUAGAAACGUAUGGAGCUACUGAGAGCAAUGGAUAAUCAUCACUGUGUAAUGAGAUGUGUAAAUACCAAUAGAUAAAUGUCUAUGAAUAAACA